GUGCAAGACAAAAGUCUACCCCGACGAACUGCCCAACACGAGUGUCGUCAUUGUGUUUCACAACGAAGCCUGGAGUACUCUGCUCCGCACCGUGUACAGCGUUAUCAAUCGCUCGCCGCACCGCCUGCUUUCCGAAAUCAUCCUGGUGGACGAUGCCAGCGAGAGAGAGUUUUUGAAGGCCUCAUUAGAGAAUUACGUGAAAAACCUGGAAGUCUCCGUAAAAAUCAUUCGGAUGGAGCAGAGGUCGGGACUGAUCCGCGCGCGGCUCCGAGGAGCAGCAGCCUCUAAAGGGCAGGUGAUAACGUUCCUGGACGCGCACUGUGAGUGCACCCUGGGCUGGCUCGAGCCGCUGCUGGCCAGGAUAAAGGAGGACAGGAAAACUGUUGUCUGCCCGAUCAUUGAUGUGAUCAGUGAUGACACGUUUGAGUACAUGGCUGGAUCAGACAUGACUUACGGAGGGUUUAACUGGAAGCUGAACUUCCGCUGGUACCCCGUUCCCCAGAGAGAGAUGGACAGGAGGAAAGGAGACAGGACCUUGCCUGUAAGGACCCCUACUAUGGCUGGUGGCCUAUUUUCUAUUGACAGAAACUACUUUGAAGAGAUAGGAACUUACGAUGCAGGAAUGGAUAUCUGGGGUGGCGAGAAUCUUGAAAUGUCUUUUAGGAUUUGGCAGUGCGGCGGCUCCCUUGAGAUUGUCACCUGCUCCCACGUUGGCCACGUCUUCCGGAAGGCAACACCUUACACCUUCCCCGGUGGCACGGGACACGUCAUCAACAAGAACAACAGGAGGCUGGCGGAGGUCUGGAUGGAUGAGUUUAAGGACUUCUUCUAUAUAAUAUCUCCAG